AUGUCUGACGAAGACGGAAAGACCUCUGUCAAAGUCGUGGUGCGAGUUAGACCUCCACUUGGUCCCUCGGAUCCUGGCUUCGACCUCAUCCCCCAGCGAUUCCAGCGUUCGAUGGUACAAGUGACCGCUCCGACAAGUUUAGGUGUCGAUUCUCCUCAGGGCCGCAAGCUCUUCAUAUUCGAUCGCGUCUUUGGCGAAGAAACGACACAGAAAGGAGUCUGGGACUAUUUACAGGAUAGCGUCGAGUCGUUCCUUCAAGGCUACAAUGUCUCCAUACUCGCAUAUGGCCAAUCCGGCUCGGGCAAAAGUCAUACUAUGGGCACAUCCGGCCCUCAGGAGCAACGCGAUCCCAGCAGAACCGGUGUCAUCCCUCGAGCGGCGCAGCUCAUGUUUGAGAACCUCGGUGGAAGCCGGCCACCGCACAGCAGACAAAACUCCGGACUGACGGGCAUCAGAGCCCCGAAUCGGUACUCUGUCAGCAGCAUGAAUCAAGUGCUGGCGCCCAAGAAGGCUGAAGCAGACCAGGAUUGGGAAAUGACCGUGACAUAUGUCGAAAUCUACAACGAACAGCCGCGCGAUCUUCUUCUGCCAGAAGCCACACCUCUCUAUGAGCGACCAAAUGUACAGAUCAGGGAAGAUCCACGAGGCCGCAUAUUUGUCGAAGGGCUGAAGUCAGUCAAAGUCAGCACUAUCGACGAGCUCAUGGGUGUAUUGAACCAUGGAUCGACCAUCCGACAGACCGAUGCCACAGCGAUCAAUGCUCGAUCUUCGCGCUCCCACGCUGUAUUCACCAUCAACCUGCGCCGGAGCAAGCCUAGUGGUCCAACACCGUUGAAAGACAAACGCAUGUCGAUGCCCGUCGAUGCAAUCGCCUCGGCCGAAGCAGCAAUGAUGACCGUGGAAAGCAAGCUACAUUUUGUAGAUCUGGCGGGCAGUGAACGUCUCAAAAACACCCAAGCGACGGGAGACCGCGCAAAGGAAGGCAUCUCUAUCAAUGCUGGACUGGCCAGUCUUGGAAAGGUCAUCUCGCAACUGUCGUCGAGACCUUCUGGAACUCAUGUGUCGUACAGAGAUUCGAAGCUCACCCGUAUGCUCCAAGAUUCACUCGGUGGCAAUGCAAUCACCUACAUGAUUGCUUGCGUCACGCCGGCCGAGUUUCAUCUCAGCGAGACUCUCAACACGGUUCAAUAUGCGCAAAGAGCACGAAAUAUUCAGUCAAAGCCAAAGAUCCAGCAGAUCAACGACGACGCUGACAAGCAAGCAGUCAUCGAUCGUCUACGAACUGAAGUCGCUUUCUUGCGACAGCAGAUUCGGAGUGCAGAAGGUGGUGAACGGCGCCCAGCUGCGCUAGAACGUUCGGAUCGUCCUAACGAGCGCGAAGCUGAUCUGCAGAAUCAACUGCUUGAUGUACAGGAGAGCUACACUACACUUAGCCAACGACAUGCUAAAUUGGUCUCCGAACUAGCCAAGAACGGCGAAGACCCCGCUGAGAUCAAUGCGGCCGUGGGCGAAAGUGCAGUGUCUCGGUUGAAGCGAUCGCAGGCACAACAGCAACAGAUCGAACAAAUGGUCCUGGAGUACGAGAAGACAAUCCAAACUCUGGAAGCAAACUUGUCGAAUACCCGCUCACAUUUGUCAUCAACGGAGAGCAGUCUCCUCGAACGAGAAACCAAAUGUGCCUACAUCGAGACCGUCAAUCAGCAACUCAAUACUCGUGUUCAAAAGCUGAUGGAUCGAGAAGGUAACAUGGAUCAAUAUGUCCACGAUCUGGAAGCACGCUUGGCAGACACCAGUUCCGGCAACGAGAGAAAUGACGCCAUCCUCGCUGAUCUUCGUAAAGAAAUGGCUCGAGUCCGAGAAAGCGAAGCCAAUGGAGAAGACUACAUUUGCACCCUGGAGGAGCGCCUCGCGGAGGCUGAUCAGGAUAUGGAGAUCAUGCAACGAGAAGUCGAGCGAUUGGAGCAGCUCGUUGAGCGCCAGCGAAGUCUUGGUAAACUCGACAACCUGAUCUACGAGCUUGAUCACAUCCAGCGCAAGGACGGCAGCCCAUCUGGAGCAAAGAGUGGCGCUGUGAAAGUCAAUGGUACUGCCCAGCGGAUCGAUGAAGUGGCCGCUGAAGUCCAGCUACCGGCCGAUGGCGACGAUGACCUGCAGGAAAAUGACGAGUCUGAGCUUCCUGACGAUGGAGAAGCAGACGAACCAUCGAGGCGUCAGUCAGAUAUUGAAGGGCUGAAGCAGCUCGAGAAGACGGAAAGAUUGUCACCCCCGCGUUCACGUCAGGCCGACCAGCCAUUGUCAAGUCCUGCUCAGGAGAAAUUCGUUGCCGACAAGUUCGAAUCGUUGAGCCACGAGCUCUUCGACCUGCGAAUCGAGCACGAGACCACCGUAAAUCAGCUGGAGCUAAUGUCCGCGAAGUACCAAGAAGCACUGCGGGCGCUUGCUGAGAUGCAACAAGAUCGGAUGGACGAAGCGCGGCAUCCAGAAAAGGCUAUUGAUCACAGUCCGAUGCCCGACACCCAUCCCGAGACUUUUUUAGAGGACGCGAGAACGCAGGAGAACUCGCACGAAGAACACUUGUCAUCCUCGCGUUCGCUAUCCUCGGAAUUGUCCUUGGCUGGGGAGUCACAGUCGUCGACAGAUACAGACAUCACGCCAAUCUCCAAGCAGCAGAUCUCUGGCGAGGUCGCCGCGCGUGAGAUCGAGCGGCUCCAGACCCUUCUCGUGGAACACGAGCGUGAGAGGGAUGCUGUUGCCGAGCAAUACAAUUUGCUUGCUACCGAGCACAAGGACACCUUGUCAACCGUCGAGAAGCUGAAGCACCAGGUGAACAACGUCAUUCGACCGGUCUCGCCUAGUCCCAAUAGCAUGGCGCCUGGCAUGCUCAGACGGAUGACUUCGCAGGCCAAUACCUCGGUUGAUCGUGGUCAGCGAUCAAUUGUUGCGCUGCGGACUACUCUUGCUGAAGAGUUCGACGGCAAGCCUGAUCAAUUGGAGUCUCUCGAGGUCCACCUGUCAGCCGCAACCCAUGAACUGCAAGCGCGUAAGGAUCGCAUUGAUGCGGUAGAGGCCGAGCUCAAGACCGCAAAGAAAGAGAUGGAGAUGAAGAGCACAAUCAUCUCUGGCCUGACUCGUGAGCGCAAUAGCAUGAAAGCUGGAUCUCCUGUGGAUCUCUCAAUGGUGUCUCAGAUGCGAGACCAACUGAUCCAGAAGGAGACCGAGCUGAAAUCGCUGCAUGAGAGCUAUUACAGACGCGAGCAGGAACUCCAGAGCGAAAUUACACACCUUAGCAGUGAUCGUUCUCGACAGCCAUCACCUUCGAAGCAGGAGGUGUCGCCAGAGACGCAAGAGCGGAUCCAGAACCUCGAGAGUCAGCUCAAGGAGCUCACCGACAAGCACGACUCGGCGAGACAGCUUGCUGAUGAGUCCACUCGCCAACUUGCGGUCACGAAAUCGGAGUUGAGUACGGCGUUGUCUAACGUCGAGUCCAUCAAGGCUUCGCAGCGAUCGGCGGAUGGUUCUUCUCCGGAACCCGAUGUCGCUGCUGCUGCUUUCAAGCAAGAGCGCCAAAACUACGAGCGGCUCAUCGAUGAGCUCAAGAGCUCACUUGAUACCCAGCAAAAGCUUAGUGAUACACAGAAAGAGAAGAUUGUUGAGUUGGUCGAGCUCCACGGUCAGGUUUCGAAGGAUGCAACUGCUCUUGGGCACCAGCUCAGAGCCCGGGAGCAGCUAGUCGCGGCUACCAAAUUGCGCAUCGAAGGUCUCGACAAGGAGCUCAAGGAAGCCAAGACGCUGUCGAGUUUCACAAGCACGGAUUGA